AUGGUUAACCCUAAUAACAUCACUCUGAGCGCCAGCACCUUGAAAGCACUGACGUACAUCUCCUACAUCGGCUGUGGGGUGUCACUCUUUUUCUUGGGAGUUGUUCUAUUCAUGUACUUUAUUCUAUGGAAACAAAAAUCCGAUGACUCCACCACAAUCCAUCAGAGCCUGUGCUCUGCGCUGUUCCUGCUGAACCUCACCUUCCUCCUGAACGAGUGGCUGGCAUCCUAUAAUAACGAUGGGCUCUGUCAGUUCAUUGCCGCCCUCAUGCACUACUCCCUGCUCUGCACCUUCACCUGGUUUGGAAUCGAAGCUUUCCACCUCUACCUGCUGAUGAUCAAGGUCUUCAACACCUUUAUAAAGCAUUACAGGAUGAAGCUGAGCCUCGCUGGCUGGGGAAUACCAGCUGUACCUGUAAUUCUGUCAAGAAGUUUGAACAAGUAUGGGAAGUACUCCAUAUCCACAGAGCAGAAGUCUGUUUCAAUGUGUUGGCUAACAGAACCUGCAGUCCUUUAUUUCACCAUCGGAUACUUUGCAGUGCUGUUUCUGUUUAAUGCAGUGAUAUUUACAAAGGUGACAGUGAAGGUGGUCCAGCUAAGAAGAGCUGGGGCACCAAAGAAGAGCAUAUCUAGGAGGGAAUUACACACAGUACUGGGCAUGGCCUGCUUACUUGGGAUAACAUGGGGGGUCAUGUUCUUCAACUUUGGCCCCCUCCAAGAGCCAGCACUGUAUGCCUUUUCUAUCCUGAAUUCUCUGCAUGGUAAGAAGUGA